GGUCGACGUGCCUCGACUUGCAGAUACUGUACUACCUGAUUGCUCAUUUCACAGACCUCCCGCGUCCAUCAGGUCGGAGUUAUCCGCUUCCGCAACGGAGACUUCGACUUCCACCGAUCCUGAAUCCGUCCUUGAGCAGAGGCCUCGGAGCCACUCGGGGCCUCAUGGCUUAAUUUUACGUAAUUUUAUCAAUAUUCCUGAUGGGUAGAUGUCCGCAACCACCGCGAUCGGAGACCACCCCAGCCUCCCCCUUCGGUUCCUAACCUCGGCGCGAUGGCCGUCCGGGCGCUGGCCGUGUGCCUCGCGCUGCUGCCGGCGUGUUCCUCGCUGACGCUCCAGGGCGCGGGCGGCCUCGCAGAGGACGCGGGCCCCUCGAUGAUGGAGGCCGAGCUGCUUGCCGCGGAGGCGCUGCUGCAGGAGGCCGCCUCGGCGGCGGACGGCGACGCCGAGGAGGAGGCGGACCUCCUCGCCAACGUCUCCGACGAGGAGCCGCCCGCAGACGCCGCGCCCGAGCCCGCGGCGGCCGAGGCGGCCGCCCCCGCCGAGGCCCCGCCCGCGGAGGCGGCCCCGGCCGCACGGGCCGCCGGCGCCGAGGAGGCGUCCGCCAACGCGUCCGAGGCCGUGGCCGAGAACGCCACCGAGGACGGCAACGCCAGCAGGGCCAACCUGUCGACGUACUUCGACCCCAAGUUGAUGGCCAUCUUCCGGGAGAAGCAGGCGCACCUGAAGGAGACGAUGAAGGACUUCAUGGUGUCGAAGAAGGAGCUGGACGUGGCCAAGCUGGCCGCCAACCUGGCGAUGAAGAAGCUGAGGCUGGCCACCGAGAAGCGGAGGAAGAUCUUGAUGGGCGAGAGGAUGGCCGAGGCGGAGGAGCGCCGGGCGAUCAAGGAGAGCCGGCGGCAGGCCAAGACGGACAUGACAGCGCGUGCGGAGCAGUUGCUGGAGGAUUCUCUGGGUGGCCUCGCGGGUGUGAACAUGAGCUAUAUGGUGGACGUCGUCCUGGCCCUCCCGGAGGCGCUUCAGGACGAGGAGUUCGUGGAGGAUUUCCGCAACGUGACAAAGAGGGUGGACGUGAACGUCCGGAAGUUUUUGGACCAGACGCAGCAGAAGACCACCCAGUUUGUCAAAGACAGCACUUCCGCCUCUGACGUUGAGCUUCGUUUCAUCAUGGCGAAGUUCUUCCACGAGUCUGGCUUCCGUCUCCGAGGUCUCCACCAGGACAGCCUGAAGGCCAUCCAGAUGCUCCGUCGCACGGUCCCAGAGGACCUGGAGAGGGCGCUCUUCCCCUUCCUCGGCCAGCUGAACGCAAACACGGUCCGCCUCAGGAUCAACGCCACCAGCUUGGCCACCGCCACCCCCAAGGAGGCCUGCGACCAGAUCACCCAGAUCAUGGCAAACGUGAGCCAUGAUGGCGGAUGACUCAAAGCUUGAGACCAUUGGCAAGGUGAUCGAGAACGUGUCUACGAGGGUACUUCCCAACAUGGAGAGGGUGCUGCAGGUCUCCCCGAACAUCACCACGUUCGUGGGCUCUUUCCUGAACAUGGCGCGACUUGAGGUUGGCGGCCUGCAGGAGGCAGCCCACAGCAUGGUCACCAGAGCCAGCCCCAUCAUCGCAGAGCGGGUGCAGUGCACCUUCAGCGGUGCGCCGGCACGCUUCGGCCUCAGCCUCUUCAGCGUGGCCGUCGCGCUCGCCACGUCCUGGUCGCUUCUCUGAGCCCCCCCGCCCGUCAACGCCCCUUCACGCGCGGUGGCAUGCUCAGCUCCCGACCCUAACGCGCGCACGCCUCCCUCGACGUGUACGUGAAACGCUUGCCAGCGCGGACCCUAAAUCUUAAAUAGUAGAUGUUUGCUCCCCUGACGUGGAAGCUAAGAGUAAAAGCAGCAGUGGGGACAAGCAUGCAAGGAGGAAUAUAGGCAUCAGUCG